AGAUGUCUAAGCCAGAGUCCCGUUAUUCUUUUGAUGUCCCAAACAUCUGCAUCGAUUUUGCAACUCUGAAUGAGGACGAUGUGCACAAUGCAGAUUCCUGGUUUGAUGAAAAAGCCAAUCUGGAGAAUGUCCCUCCUGCAGAAAAUGUGGCAAAGGUCUCACACUGCAGCCCUGCUUUGUCAAAGCCUGAUGUUGUUCUGUCUUCUGUCCCUUCACAAGAAGUAGUGAAGAGUGAAAACGAUGGUGAAGCAGAAUGUGCCCAGGGCAACACAAUCCCUCAGAAUAUCAUCGGGUCCCUGGCAACCUGGAGAGCUGCUGCCCCUGCAGAGGCCCCUCAGAGACCAGGCAGGAGACUGGCUCCAAAGCAGGGGAAGACCCAGCAGCGCAAGCAGCCAGGCAGAAUCAAAGCAGAGAAAAUUGAUAAUGCCCUGGAAACUAAGGAAGAUGUUCCACCCAUGAAGAAAAUGAGGCUUUCUGGUAGCAGAGAGAAGGUGACAGAAAUGUCCACAAAGAAGGAGCCCCUGCAGGAUUCUGAGCUCUCUCCAGGGAGAGGGAAAAGCAAACAGACCAUGCCCUCCACGCCAACAAUGUUGAAGAGGACCAAACCUUCUAGCAAGACAAAGAGUACAGAGGAGCAGGAGCUGGAAAAGAUGCAGCAGUUGCAGCAGGAGGUUGUGGAGCUGCGGAAGAGGAACGAGGAGUCUCUGAAAGCAGCUAUUGCUGGAGCAGGACAACCUGUGAAGAAACCUGUUGGUCAAGUAACAAAGCCAAUUAAUUUUCACUUCUGCACGGAGACUAGAAUUAAACAGAAUGCAGAAAGCCAGGCUGGGAAUGAGUACAAGGAGCUGGAUUUUGCAGCAGUCCUGAGGAAGCAUCCCCCUUCUCCGAUGCGAAUGCCAAAGGGGCACACUGUCCCCAGACCUUUCAAUCUGUCCCAGGGAAACAAAAGAAAACAUGAAGAAGCCACAACAGAAUAUGUGUCCUUUGCUGAGCAGGUAGAAGCGUUCCAAAAACGCACACCCUCUCGUUACCAUUUGAGGAGCAGGAAAUCUGAGGAAGGCUCAGUUUCAAAAAAGCCAAUGAAGGCUGGGCCCACGCACCCCAAAACACCAGUGCUGCGAACGAAGCAGCGCUCGAGACCUGUCACCUGCAAAACUGCUGCAGAGCUGGAAGAAGAGGAAAUAGAGAAAAUUCAGCAGUACAAAUUCAAAGCACGAGAAGUCAAUCACAAAAUCCUUGAGGGUAUGCCACUCCUGCCCAAGAAACCCCCUGUGAAGAAGCUCACCCAACCUAUUGGCUUUCAGCUGGAAAUAGAAAAAAGGAUUCAGGAGCGUGAGAGCAAGAAGCAGCAGGAGGAAGAGCGCUUUGAAUUCCAUUCCAGGCCAUGUCCCACAAAAAUCCUGGAGGAUGUUGUGGGUGUUCCAGAGAAGAAGGAACUUCCUCUUACAGUUGCUAAGUCUCCAGCCUUUACCUUGAGAAGCAGGACCCGUGUGUCUGGCAGAGAGGAGAAAAAGGAAAAAGAGGAGGUGGCUGUGAUCAAAGCUAAUCCUAUGCCACAUUAUGGAGUGCCCUUCAAACCCAAAAUGCCAGAGCAGAGGCAUGUGGAAGUUUGCCCCUUCUCUUUCGAUGCCCGGGACAGAGAACGGCAAAUACAAAAAGAGAAAAAAAUAGAAGAACUACAGAAGGAAGAGGUGCCAAAAUUCAAAGCGCAGCCUCUGCCUUACUUUGAUGAAGUGAAACUGCCAGAAAAGAAGGUCAAACCUGCAACUCAGCCUGAGCCAUUCCAUCUGCAGGUGGAUGAACGGGGAGCUGCCAAGCUCCAGAGCUGGAAACAGCAGCUUGAAGAAGACUUGAAAAGGCAGAAAGAGGCAGCGUGUUUUAAAGCUGGUCCCAACACAGUGGUGUACCAGGAGCCUUUUGUGCCCAAAAAGGAACAUAGGAUGCUACCAGAGAACCUUUCUGGUUCUGUAGUUCCUGAAAGCUUUGAGCUGGCAACAGAAAGAAGAGCAAGAGAACGGCAAGAAUUUGAAAAGCGAUUGGCAGAAGUAGAAGCCUUAAAGGAGAGUUAUGAGGAGCAGAUCAGGCAGGAACAAGAGGAGCUUGAAAAGGAAGAAGUUGCUAAGCUAAGACAAGAAAUGGUUCACAAGGCAAACCCAAUACGCAAAUACCGCAGCCUGGAAGUGAAGUCCAGUCAUCAACCACUGACUGUGCCAAAGUCUCCCAACUUCUCAGACAGAUUCCGAAUCUGAUGAGCAUCCACAUCCACGUGACAACUGCUGGGAGAUCCCAUCCCUCUCCACUCCCUUGGUAGGGAGAGAGGGAGCAAUUGUUUUUCCAUGACUGCUCAGUCUGAACUCCUAUGCUUGGUUUCAUUGUUGUACUGAGUAGUUAAACUCCACCUGAGCCCGUGGCAUUUCAGCAGUGCCUCCUGGCCUUGCUGUGUAUACAGACCCUAUCUUCUCUAGAGACUAAACCAAGUUUUGAUAUUGCAUACAGAGAUUUUAUACCUAACUAAAUAAAAAUUCCAAAU